AGAGAGAGAGUUGCAGACUGCAGGUAGCUGAACACGAAGCAGAAAAAAUGGCUCGCCUGAUACAGCCUCUGAGGCAAUGGCCGAAGUUGCAGCAUCGAAGUUGUUAUUAUACACUAUUCAACCAUAUCCUGGUUCCAUCAUUACCGCAAACAGCAUCCGCGAAAACCAUAUUCCAUUCUCCGUCUUGCGUCGCAUUGCCUCCCUCUUACCGGAGCAUCCAUCACCGGUCACGCCGUCCUAGAUUGGCCAAUGCGCUUGUACCGUCCGAUCGCCAGAAAGGAGACACAACCGACUCCGACUCAGAUACUGAAGUUAAAAAGAGCCGCAACCAGAAGAAACGGGAGGCACGCCGCGCCUUCCAGUGGGGCGUGGACCUUGCCUCCUUCUCCACCCCUAAAAUCAAACGCAUCCUCAAGGCUGCUUCGCUUGACGAAGACGUGUUCGAUGCUUUAAUGCUAGUGAAGAGACUCGGGCCCGAGGUUCGAGAAGGAAAACGAAGGCAGUUCAAUUAUAUUGGGAAAUUGCUGCGAGAAGUGGAACCUGAUCUAAUGGAUACACUGAUUCGCGCUACAAAAGACGGCGACCAGAAAACACUGCAGGCACUUGCUGGUUCAACGCCACAAGUGAAUGCGUGUAAUGGUGAUGAACUAGAAGAAAUGCAUUGUGACGAUCAAGAACAGAUGUCACAAGUGUGCAUCAGCAAGGCAACUAGAUGGUUCAGUGGCCUAAUUAGUAAGGACAUGAAAGUUACAAAUGAAGUGUAUUCUCUCGACAAUGUUGAUUUUGAUCGUCAGGAAUUGCGUAAACUUGUCCGGAGAGUGCACUCAGUUCAGGAACAAUGCAUGGCUAUGACUGAGGAAACUGAGGAAAAUGUAAAUGCAGCUGUUAUGGCUGCUGAAAAUUCUCUCACCCACUUUCUUUAUGUCCUUGCAAGUCAAACACCAAGUGAAUGAUGUGUUAUGUUGAAUUAUAAUCUCAUUGUUUCAUGCCAUAAGGUAAAUAUUCUUUAAACUCUUAAAAGCACAUCAUGUCAUCAAAUAGACAUAUCAGGUCUCAAGCAGUAUGCUCAAGUGCUAAGAGGCAGAAAUAUCCUAUGCUUUAAUAAGUCGGCAAAUGAUCAGGUACUCUCACGAUUAAGCAAAUAUUACUUACAGUUAGUUCAUUGCAUUGAUUAGUUGUCUCUAAGAUACUAGUUCCUUGCUUUUGUUUGUCUUUAUCUUAUUUGUUAGUGUCCUUUUUCAGAGGUCAAACUCACUUGUUUUGACCAUGGGAUGGGAAAUUUUGCACGUUAAUAGGUAUUUGUUAUGCUAGUUUUUUGCAUUGUAAUUUGCCAGUAACAAGUGAGUGUUAAAUUCAAUUUUUCUUCUGAAGAAUUCCAUGUCAAAAUCCAAAUUUUCACUGGUAUAAAAAUUAAUUUGGUUGCUGUAAUUUGUUGUUAUCAUUUUUAUAUCUUAAUAACUAGAAAAUAAAAUGUCAACAUUGUCGGAUACUUGACAAGUGAUGAUAUCAUGAACCUUCCUUAAGGAUAUAUCCCUUUUCCACCUAGCAUGAUACAUAGAUAUAACAAGACAUGAGACGAAGUUGGUCAUGAAGAUGAUUAGCUCAAGAAAUAUUUAGAACUUCUAUCUUCAGGAUGGAGAAAUGUUAAACAUACAAGAGACAUGACUUUGCUAUGAGACUUCAUUUGUCCUUGAGUAGCAAGUGAUGUAAAGGUGAAAUGUGUACAGAGAUCAGGACAUGGUGUGUGGAUUUGGUGACUAUAGAAACCUACAAAAUUGGGUGUUCAAUUCAAAUUUUAAGUUGGCAUAGUUUUUCAACAGCUGAUGUGAUUUGAACACAUCAUUAUAUUGUUUCUUAAUUGUUCUCAUCAGUGGUAUAUUUCUUUCUUGAUGUAAUUCAAUGCUUACACUCUUGAAAUUUCUUUCUUGGAA